GUCGCUGUGGAAAGAUGCGAUCAGCGAAGAGCGGAGGCUUAUCCUUAAUUGCUCAUUUCGGUAACAGAGGCUAAACAACCCGAAACCAACCCUCUGUGGUCUCCCUUGUUUAAGCGAGAACCUCCGCAUAUCCACCAUAGCGUUUACCCAAGAAAUGUCCAUGUUGUAAGGAGACAACGCAGACUUUACCCGGCGGUUUCGGCUCGAGAGCUCCAGUAUGUCCAAGCGGCGCUCGUCGGAGAGGGGGGCUGGAGAGACAUCAGGCAGGGCCAGCAAGCUGCAAUGUCCUGGGAUAUCCGGCAGUAACGCCAAGAGAGCCGGCCCCUUCAUCCUUGGGCCUCGCUUGGGCAACUCACCAGUGCCCAGCAUAGUGCAAUGUCUGGCCAGAAAGGACGGCACAGAUGACUUCUAUCAGCUCAAAAUCCUGACACUGGAGGAGCGAGUGGACUCUGCAGGCGAGACUCAGGAGGAGAGGCAGGGGAAGAUGCUGCUGCACACAGAGUACUCCCUCCUUUCUUUACUGCACAACCAGGAUGGGGUCGUCCACCACCACGGCCUCUUCCAGGAUCGAGCCUACGAAAUAGUGGAGGACAUGGAGGCCAACAAAGUGCGCAAGAUGAAGAAGCGGAUCUGUCUCGUGCUUGACUGCCUAUGUGCUCAUGACUUCAGCGACAAGACAGCAGAUCUAAUAAACCUUCAGCAUUAUGUCAUAAAGGAGAAGCGACUGAGCGAGCGUGAGGCUAUCGUCAUCUUCUAUGAUGUGGUGCGUGUGGUGGAGGCCCUUCAUAAGAAAAACAUUGUGCACAGAGACCUCAAGCUGGGAAAUAUGGUGCUGAACAAACGGACUCACCGAAUCACUAUUACCAACUUCUGCCUGGGAAAACACCUGGUGAGCGAGGACGACCUGCUGAAAGACCAGAGAGGAAGUCCGGCCUACAUCAGCCCUGAUGUAUUAAGUGGUCGGCCAUAUCGUGGUAAACCCAGUGACAUGUGGGCUCUUGGUGUGGUACUGUUCACCAUGUUGUAUGGCCAGUUCCCCUUUUAUGACAGCAUACCUCAAGAGCUCUUCCGCAAGAUCAAGGCUGCCGAGUACUCUAUUCCAGAGGAUGGUCGCGUGUCAGAGAACACAGUGUGCCUAAUCCGAAAGCUGUUGGUGCUGGACCCUCAGCAGAGGCUGACUGCAGGAGAGGUGCUGGAGUCGCUUAGUGCCAUCAUUGCCUCAUGGCAAACUGUUUCAUCGUUGAGUGGCCCUCUGCAGGUGGUGCCAGAUAUUGAUGACCAGAUCAAUCACCCAGAACAUCUGCAAGAGGCCAAGGUGAUAGAAGAGUCUUCACAGUAUGAGUUUGAGAACUACAUGCGCCAGCAGCUCCUGUUGGCUGAAGAAAAGAACACUAUUCAUGAGGCUAAGAGCUUUCUCACCAAGCGCCAGUUUGGCAACAUCCCACCUGUAAGGCGUCUCGGCCAUGACGCUCAGCCUGUCAGCCCACUAGAUGCUGCCAUUCUGGCACAACGUUUCCUCCGGAAGUAGUUCCCAACCACCUUUCCCAGCCUCUCUGGUCUCCCCAGGGAGUAAGGAGACCUGCAGAGUCCAGAGAGGAUGGAGGAGGAUAUGUCCCGAAGCUGAACUUGCAUACAUGGGGCCGAGCCUGAACGAAGGUAUAGAUGGCCCAAUUCGUAGGUUGGCUUUGGGCAAGCUAGGUGGAGCAGUCACGAGGAGGGCACUAGAACAAACUGCCAACCCAGAACUUCACUCCUCAUAUCUGGAUCCUCUAGUGAAAUAUGGAGAGGCCUGGAGGAAGAUCUGAACCAAAGGUUCUUUGCCCUCAGGUCACCCACAGUCAGAUCUCACUGUGCAAUAAACCUGAUGGCACAGUCACAUAUGGGGCUAACACGAGGCUCUGCCUCGAGUGCUGAAGAGACUAUUUAACCCCAUAUUCCUCCUCCUUCUUUGAGAUCCCCCUACUGUAACACUUUACCCAUCAACUCUGGAUCCCCUGAGCAAUACAGGACCAGAAUCAUGUAGCAACCCUUUCUCUUCCCAGUGGUUAAUGGUAUUGCCUCAAGUAAGAUCACCUGAUCACAGCCGUCACCUCUCUUUACCUUCAUUCCACCCUCCUCCUCUCACUCCCUUCUCUUCCUCUCUGUUUUCCUGUAUCAAAAGUGAUCCAGACCGCUCCUGUCUGUAACUCUGACUUCAAAUCAAUCUACCUCUCUGUCUCUCUUCUCUGUUGGUAAACCAUGCUCACUGUUCUGAGACAAGGGAUUGUAACAAAGGAGUCUUGAUGCCACCAGUGACAUAAAGCAUUAAUGUUUUCUGUCAGUGAUAAUGCUUUGAAACCUUUUCAGUGGUUUCGAAAAAUCUGAAUAAGCUUUUUAUCAUAUUUACCACAAUAAGUAGCAUUUUAUCCCUACCUUUGCUUUGAAGAUAUUGAAUAUCAAAGUACAAGCAUCCUUUGAUAUUCACAGAAUGCAUUGUCUCCUGCUUUUGCUCACCCCUGUGGAAAUCUAUUUUUAGCAUCUAGGCAGCUAGUGUGAGGUACCUGGAAGUCACAAUGCCAAGAACUGAAUGGGAAUAACUGUUGGAUCCUCCAUGCCAAGGUAUAUUGAUGGUAACGCUUCCUCAGUGCCAUUAUAGUGAAGAUCAGGCACUGUCAUGUUUCUAUUGCCAAAAAAACAUGUCUUAAAAUUAUUCUUAGCCAAGGAAACUGGUACCCACAGCCUCAUUCAGAAUCAAAUGGCUUCCAGGUAUUCCAACUUCCCUGUUUCUCUUUAUCAAGACAGAUCAUGGGACAAGUGUUUUUCAGUAUGAAUGUGAACUGUCAUUCUGUGCUUUGAUAUGUCUGCAGUAUCCAUGAGUGUGUAUGUGUGUUUUUUCAGGCCAGGCGUAAUAAGAGUCUGCGGAGCUGUCGAGCUGUUAACCUCUGACAGUCACAGACCCUUUAAGCUAUCCUCCAAUCUUUGUGUUCUGUUAUCUGGCCUGCCUCAUUGGCAGACACUGUGAAAACCAGAGCAGGCUUUGCGAAGACGGGGCUUGACAAAAUGUUUUAGCGGUGGUCAUGAAUGCUUUCUUAAGAUUGGAAAAUAUCACAUAUCUAUUGCCAUUCCGAAGCCCUCUCUCCAGUUCAACUUGUACAUGCUUGUAUUAUCUCAUUUCAUAGGCUCUAUGAGAGACUAGCUGGUGGCUGGUAAUCGAUACUGUAAUAUUUCACAGAGAAAUGAAAAUAUAUACUCAUAGGGUUUAAGUUUAGUUGCUGGGUCUUCUUGGCUGUUGGUGCAUUCUUCUCUUUUAUCAAAGUGUUUCUUCAAACCAUGGCAAAGCUACUAACCAGUGACUGUUAGGCAUCUGUACACAGCAACUUGCCUUUGCGUAUUGGUACCUGCUUCAGGCUCUCUAGAUUUCUUCCUAUUUAUAUUCAAUCUGAUUGCAUGAACAUAGGCUCUGGAAUAUUUUCAAAUGUCUUUCCGUCUACUUUUUUCUUGUAAUUUCAUGUUGAUUUAUUUAUUCACUAGUGUAGACUCCUCCUCCUGCCCCCUCCCCCAAAAAACACUGGGGCUUGUCUCACAGACAUAGAUCAUACUCAGGCAAAAAGCUUCUUUGUAAAUUAAAAAAUCUUUAAAGUUCCUUAGACUAAAACUGGGUGUAACUUAUGUCAGUGAAACUGGCCCCAAAUCUCUUUGCUCUCACAGCUUUAAGAAGUGUUGUUAGCUCCAACAUUGACUCAACUUUAACAAUCUCAUUUUGAUCCUUCCAGCCACAUUAAUAACAGGUAGCAUCUUUGUGUUUUUUCUCCUGUUUGGACUCCUGAAUCAUUUUCUUGCCAUUUUGCCACUAAGUCUGUGGUCAACUUAAGCUACACUAAUAAUGAGACUGACUUUUGCAUAGUUCUAUUUUUUACAGAAUACAAAAUGAUACUCGCACGUUAUCUUGAUUCGCGGGAGGGUUUUUGUAGUGUUUUUGGUUGUUUUUUUUUCCUGUCAUUACCCCAUAUCCCCCAGUCAAGGCUGCACUCUCUGGUCAGUAUGUAAAUAAUGUACCAUCUUGACUGCGCCAGUCAUAUUGUAUGUAGUUCCACCCAGUGAGAUACCAACUCUGUUUCAACACAUACCGAUUGACGUGCAUUAUAGGCCACGUUGGCCAUCAACCACCACAUCCGGAGGCUAAAAUAAUAUAUAAAGAGACUUAUCGGCUUUCUCCCAACUCAAUGUGAAUUCCAUGGGUAUACAGCAGUAUUGUAGUAGUCUAGGUUGUUCAUCAGAAAAGGGUGUUUCGUGAACACCGUAGCCAUUGCUGAAUGCUGACAUUAAGUGAUCGUCUGUGGAAAUGUCUUAUGCCAUCUUCCAUGAUGCCCAACUACAGAUUAGUAACUAGAGGUUCAAUAGACCUUUGAUGUAGAUGUUAUUAUCUGUCCCCCCCUUAAUCAAAAAGUGUUUCACUUUCUAGCUAGUGGAUUGUACCACAUUCAAUGUUUGUUUUUACAGAGUCGUAUUGGUAGACUGCAACGUGGACUGAAAAGCAUGGAAAUAGUGUGAGGUUAAACUCUGUGUAAAACAUGUGACUGUUGCAUGAUUUUGAACUUGCAAGGUGUGCCAGAGCAAUGGAUGCAGAAGCUGAAGAUAAUUUACUCAUUUGGGUCCUAAAAGCUAAAAUCCAGAGCGAGAAUUCCACAUUAUAUACUCCCCGAUUGGAUGAGUAGUAUUAGUUUUCAGAAAGAUCAGUAAUGACUUUAUGAUUUUAUUUUUUUAUUUUUUUUUUAUUUUUUUCACACACCCUGGUUCCAAAGUUAUUAAGACGUCAGUAUAUAAUCAAUAUAUUACUGACCGUUUCAACUGGAAACUUAGUGUAGGAUAUGAAAUGUGGUGUAGUUUAAACCCAAUGGGAUAAUGUGUUGUAAGCUGCUUGGUCGGACAUGGGCAUCUAGAUACAGAAAACUGCGUAAUUGUACAGAUGAAAACGCGUUUGUAUAAAAAACAUAUUUUUCUACUUCAUCAGAUCUCUACAUGCAUGUCAGCAAUAAACUUUGAUAUGGAAACAUUCAA